AUGGAAACAACAACAACAGAGGAGCUUUCAGUUGAGCACGGAAUAUCCACCCUCUGGCCCAGCUUGCAAAACCAGCAACAACAGCCAUCACACGGAGCAACCUCGGAAAUAACUGAGCCUCUUCACAUUCAGCCUGCCCCUUCCACAGAACCCAAAUAUCCAAUAGGCUCUAAGUUUUGGUGCACCGUCUUUGCACUAUGUGUGGUUAUGAUUCAAGGAGGCUUAGAUGCUAACAUUGUCGCUACAGCUGUGCCAAGCAUCACCGACGACUUCCACACUGUUGCUGAUGUGGGAUGGUAUUCAUCUGCAUUUCGUCUCUGCACCUGCGCGUUCCAAUUCGGGUUUGCGAAGCUGUAUAAACAUUUCUCGACCAAGAUUGUAUUCUUGUUAAGCAAUGCCAUUUUCAUCAUUGGCUCCUUACUCUGUGCCAUAGCUGCUACGUCGACUAUGUUCAUUGUAGGAAGAGCGGUGACUGGUCUCGGGUUCUCAGGGGGUUUGGCUGGAUGUUUUGCCGUCAUAACGCAACUUAUACCGCUUAGCAAGCGGCCAUUGUUUGCGGUAGGCGGUGCAUUGACGCAGUCUUUGGGAUGGAGGUGGUGCUUCUGGAUCAAUCUCCCUAUUGGUGGUGUAUCGCUGGCGACCCUGCUUUUGCUUUUCUCGGACCCAAGAGCCAGUGAAGUGGACGACCUCACAUUCGCUCAAAAGAUUAAAGAGAUCGAUCUCGUUAGCAAUUUCUUGUUCAUCCCAUCUUUAACAGCACUCUUCCUUGCCCUAUCUUGGGCUGGAACAAAAUAUUCUUGGUCAGAUGGGAAAGUGAUCGCAUUAUUCGUUGUUUUCGCUGUUCUACUCGCCGCGUUUUUCUUUAAUCAAUACCGACGCGGAGACUCGGCAGCACUCCCUUUCCGCAUUAUUAAAAACCGAAAUGUCAUUGCCGGUUUCGUCUUCACGGCGUGCACUAACUCGAUGACGAACGUCUUGGAGUGGUACUUACCAACGUACUAUCAAGUCGUUCGAUCCCAUACCCCAAGCGAGAGCGGCUACCUGAUAAUGCCCAUCCUUGUUGGAAUGAUGCUCGGCCUCUUCCUUCAGGAUAUCGGCACUACAACGCUCGGCUACUAUGCCCCUUUCAUGCUCCUCGCUUCCGUGUGCAUGCCAGUUGCCGCGGGCUUGAUGACAACUGGAGGCAUCGGCUUUCAAGGCCCUCAGGCGGCUAUGCAAACAACGUUAAAUACCGCAGAUGUCAAUAUUGGGAUCGGGGUUAUCUUGUUCGGGCAGAGCAUGGGUCCGGCCAUUUUUAUCGCUAUUGCACAGGUGACAUUCACGAAUGAGUUGUCGUCAAUUUUGAAAAAUGUGAUACCUGGUUUGUCACCUGCUUAUGUCGAACAACAUGGGCUUGACGGUAUUAAGACCGGGGUUCCUGCGCAGCAGUUGGGUGAGGUUCUGAGAGGUAUCGAUCGAAGCUUGACGCAUACUUGGUAUAUCCCUGUCGCUUUGACUUGCACGACAAUGGUGGGGAGUCUUUUGAUCGAAUGGCACUCGGUAAAACAGAAGCAGCCGUGA